AUGGUCCCGCUGCAGUGUGCGUCAGGAGCGUCACGUACGACAGAAACAAUCCACAGAGCGAAGCGACGCGACCGAGACACGAGUGAGAAGAAACACCGAAGACACCGAAGAGACCGAAGACCGAAGACCGAAGAGACUGAAGACACCGAAGAGACCGAAGACACGAAGACACGAAGACACGAAGACACCGAAGACACGAAGAGACGAAGAACCGAAGACACCGAAGACACCGAAGAGACCGAAGACACCGAAGACACCGAAGAGACUGAAGACACCGAAGAGAACCGAAGACACGAAGACACGAAGACACCGAAGACACCGAAGACACUGAAGACACCGAAGACACCGAAGACAAGACACCGAAGACACGAAGACACCGAAGAAGACACCGAAGACACCGAAGACACCGAAGAGACCGAAGACACCGAAGACACCGAAGACACCGAAGACACCGAAGACACCGAAGACACCGAAGACCGAGAACGAAGACGAAGACCGAAGAGACUGAAGACACCGAAGACACCGAAGACACCGAAGACACCGAAGACACUGAAGACACCGAAGAAAGACACCGAAGACGAAGACCUGAAGAAGAACCGAAGACACCGAAGACACCGAAGACACGAAGACCGAAGACCGAAGACACCGAGACCGAAGACACCGAAGAGACGAAGACGAAGAGACCGAAGACACGAAGACACGAAAGACGAAGAGACUGAAGACACCGAAGACACCGAAGACACCGAAGACACUGAAGACACCGAAGACACCGAAGACACCGAAGACACCGAAGACACCGAAGACACCGAAGACACCGAAGACACCGAAGACACUGAAGACACCGAAGAAGACACCGAAGACACCGAAGACACCGAAGACACCGAAGACACCGAAGACACUGAAGAGAACGAAGACACCGAAGACACUGAAGACACCGAGACCGAGACCGACUGA